UUGUGUGAGAGUCCGCCGGGGUGUUAGCCUCGUUUCAGUGUUUUAUAAAGAAGAGGCUAAAAGCUGCCGUUUAAAUUCAUUUUUCAUUACCUGGUUUAAUCGACAAGAAUGCAGUUAAGGAUUACACCGAGACAAUGAGUAAACCAGCCGGGAAAGGUGCUGUAUGGUGAGAGGGUGCCAGUGGGUGCGGCAUGCUGAAGCCAACCCCCCUGGCUCAGGAUGAGUGUCAGAGAUGGCGCUGCCACCAUGGCAACGAAUGGAGGCGGAGGGGGAGGUGGGGCAGCUAACCCUCAUGAUCACGACCGCCGCUCUUAUGUGCUCCAGAUCUACCCGCGACUAGCUGUGCAGUCCUCUACCUGCUGCUGCCUUAGAGUGCAGAAGGAUGCGACAGCAGCCUCGGUGAUCUCCGACGCUGCCUCCACAUUAGGGCUGGACCCUGGCCGCCUGUAUGUCCUAGCAGAAGUGAAGGAAUGUGGUGGAGAGGAAUGGGUGCUGGAUGCUGGGGACUCCCCAGUACAGAGGUUUCUACUGUGGCCUCGCAAAGCCCAAGAGCAACAUCCUCAGAGCUUUGGCUUUUACUUUCUACUACAGGAGAGGAACCAUGAUGGCUCUAUCCACUAUGUCCACCUCCCGGCCAUGACCAAGGAACAGGAGGCACAGCGGUUAGCUGAAAGGGGCUUCCUUCCCCCUCCACAGGAUGAUUUUGCAGACCUCUGCAAUCUUCCCAUCCUCAAUGAGGACAGCAUAUUAAAUAACUUGCGCACACGCUUCUGCAAGAAAAAAAUUUACACUUAUGCAGGCAGCAUUCUUAUCGCUAUCAACCCCUUCAAAUUCCUGCCCAUCUACAACCCCAAAUAUGUCAAGAUGUACGAAAACCACCAGCUGGGCAAACUGGAACCGCAUAUCUUUGCCAUCGCAGAUGUGGCUUACUAUGCCAUGCUCAGGAAGCGAGUCAACCAGUGCAUUGUCAUCUCUGGGGAGAGUGGCUCAGGCAAGACCCAGAGUACCAACUUCCUGAUCCACUGUCUGACAGCACUUAGCCAGAAGGGCUAUGCCAGUGGGGUUGAGAGGACCAUACUAGGAGCUGGACCUGUACUGGAGGCCUUUGGGAAUGCUAAAACAGCCCACAACAACAACUCCAGCCGCUUUGGUAAAUUCAUCCAGGUUAAUUACCUUGAGAGUGGAGUGGUCCGAGGAGCUGUGGUGGAGAAGUAUCUUCUGGAGAAGUCCCGUCUGGUCUCGAGAGAAAAGAACGAGAGGAACUACCACGUAUUUUACUACCUGCUGUUGGGUGCCUCAGAAGCAGAGAGGAAGGAGUUUAAGCUUCUUCCACCUGAAGAGUACUUCUACCUCAAGCAGCAAAACUUUAAGAUUGAGGACGAGGAAGAUCUGCGUCAUGACUUUGAGAGGUUACAGCAGGCAAUGGAGAUGGUUGGCUUUCUUUCCGCUACCAAGAAACAGAUUUUUUCUGUGCUGUCAGCCAUACUCUAUCUGGGAAACGUAACCUACCAGAAAAAGUUCACAGAAAGAGACGAGGGUUUGGAUGUGGGACCACCCGAGGUCCUGGCUAACCUGUCUGAACUGUUGAAGGUUAAAGAGGAAUUGCUGAUUGAGGCUCUGACAAAGAGGAAAACGGUGACUGUCAAUGAUAAGCUGAUCCUCCCCUACAGCCACUCUCAGGCUAUCACAGCCAGAGAUUCCAUGGCUAAAUCUCUGUAUAGUGCUUUGUUUGAUUGGAUUGUUCUACGUAUCAAUCAUGCACUGCUCAACAAGAAAGACAUGGAAGAGUCUGUCCCGUGUUUGUCCAUCGGUGUGUUGGACAUUUUUGGCUUUGAGGACUUUCAGAACAACAGCUUUGAGCAGUUUUGUAUCAACUAUGCAAAUGAGCAGCUGCAGUAUUACUUCAAUAAUCACAUCUUCAAGCUGGAGCAGGAAGAAUAUCAGGCAGAGGGCAUCACCUGGCACAACAUCGAUUAUACAGACAAUGUGGGUUGUAUCCAUCUCAUCAGCAAGAAGCCCACUGGCCUGUUCUACCUGCUGGAUGAGGAGAGCAACUUUCCACGUGCCACAGAUAAGACAUUACUAGCCAAAUUCAAACAGCAACAUCAGGGGAAUAAAUAUUUUGUGCCCACACCAGUCAUGGAGCCUGCAUUUGUCAUCCAACACUUUGCUGGGAAGGUCAAAUAUCAAAUUAAGGAUUUUCGAGAGAAGAACACAGAUCACAUGCGUCCAGACAUUGUAGCAUUGUUACGGAGCAGUGACCGUGCUUAUGUGCGGCAACUUAUCGGUAUGGAUCCAGUGGCCAUGUUCCGCUGGGGCAUCUUGCGUGCCACGAUCAGAGGCAUCACUGCUUUUGGUGAAGCUGGUCGCUCCUGGGCUGCAAAGACUUCAGGCGUUGUCCGUCCAGUCUCUAGAACUCCUUUAGGAGAGCUUCAGCGAUCCAAUGCCCCAAUAGAAAGAAUGUACAAAAGAGCAUCUAUGCUCGAUUUCUACUUUGAUCAUUCAGAAGAACGCCCUCUAGAGGCCUUUGAAGACAUCUUUGCUAACUAUGAGAGUAAAAAAGACAUGCACGCACAGAUCAUCAGUUCCAUUAAGAACUUGCAGCUGGAUGGUGAGGACCCUCGGAAGUUACUGCAGUCCUGGGGUCGCCUCCGCUUUCCUCGGCACGUCCUCCAGAAAAACAAGAACACCAGACAGAAACAGGUCAUCCCAAAGAAUUUGCUCGAUUCUCAGUCACUGAAACACAUUGUGAGCCUGACACUGCACGAUCGCACAACCAAGUCUCUACUCCACCUACACAACAAGAAGAAGCCUCCCAGUAUUAGUGCCCAGUUCCAGACUUCUCUGACCAAACUCUUGGAGACUUUGAACAGAGCAGAGCCAUUUUUUAUUCGUUGUAUUCGUUCCAAUGCUGAAAAGAAGGAAAUGCAUCUGAAUGAAGCCUUGGUGGUUCAGCAGCUGAGAUACACCGGAAUGCUGGAAACUGUUCGCAUCAGGAGGUCAGGUUAUGGAGCAAAGUACACAUUCCAGGAAUUCAUAGAGCAGUUCAGGGUUUUGCUGCCAAAAAAUGCCACCGCCUCUAAAGAGGAAAUCUCAGCGCUCCUUAAGAAAAUGGGCUUGGAUCCUACCACAUACCAGAUUGGAAAAACCAAGGUGUUCCUGAAGGAGCUGGAGCGACAGCAUCUGCAGGAUAAGUUGCACAAGGAUGUGAUGUGUAAGAUUAUCUUCCUUCAGCGCUGGUUCAGAGCUCGCCUGCAGAGGAAAGAAUUUUUGGAUAUGAAACAGGCAGCCAUCUUGAUUCAGCGAUCAUGGCGCCAGUAUUGCAAAGAUGAGCGCAGGCGACGAGCAGCUACUGUGAUUCAGGCUGUGUGGAAAGGAUACAGACAGAGAAAAGAGUACUGCCGCCACAGGCAGGGUGUUACCAAACUACAGGCCAUGAUCAGAGGCCACUCAGCACGCAGGAGGUGCCACUCUAUGCGUGAGGAGAAACGUCAAAAGGAGGAGGAAGAAGCGAGGAAGAGAGCAGAGGAGGAGGAAGCGAGGAGAAGGGCAGAGGAGGAGGUGAGGAGAUGGGCAGAAGAAGAGGAGGCACGGAGAAGAGAGGAAGAGGAGGUACGGAGAAAGAUUGAAGAGGCAGCCAAGCAAGCACAGAAAGAGAAGGCUGCAGAAGAAGCGACACAGAAAAGAUUACAGCAGGUACUUGGCAUCGACAUUGAGCCAAAAACCCGAGAGGAUGCAGACAUAGAGCUGGUCACAGAGGAGGUGCUGGAUGUUGGUCAGCAGAACAGCCUCCUUGUCCAAGAGAGUGGGGAGGAAAUAGGAGAGAGAGAUGCCGCAGGCUCAGAAACAGAGGCGCAAGAAGGCAAAUUGGAAGAGCUGGAGGAGGAGGAGGAGGAGGAUGAUUGGAUGGAAGCAGAGGAACAAAAUGCUGAGCCUCGAGCUCCCAGGUCUGUUGUCGACAUCAAUGGUACCCUGGCUGAGGCUGGACCCCAGUUAGAUGAAAAACAACAGGAAGGGGAUUUAGAGACUGAAACACGAGGACAGUCAGGUUCUGAAGGGGUGUCCUCCAAUGCACUUUUAUACAAAUCUCCAGCUCAGGAGUUAGAUAAAGAGACACCCAACUCUACCUCCACACCCUUCUAUGCUGAGAAGAAAGUAAUACGGCCACCAGCCGGUGCAAAGGGCCAGACAUCCAGGAGCCAGGAGAAGAGGGAGCAGAGGAGACGAAGAUUGCUGGAACACAACCAGAGAGAAACUGAACGAGCCGCUUCCACAUCAUCAAUCUCCAAGGGUCAAACAUCCCAACCAAAACGCAAAAGCAAUGACACCAGCAGACUAAAAGCCCAGUCGGACAGCAAAGAGCUGGAUCAGUACACCUUUGUGGCCUGGAAAAUGAAGGAAGACAAAGGAGGGAAGAAGGAUGAAAAAACUUUUCCUGCUGCUCCCGUCCGCCCAUCUACUUUGGACUUGCAGCCUUUUGACACUGUGUCUGAAAGGAAUGGCAUUGGGGAAGGUGUUGGAGUGGUGACCUUGCAGCGUCGCACUGGGGCAAUGAAGGAGAAGCCAGAGAAAUGGAGGGGAAAGAAACACGAAGAAGGGUUCUUUGACACCAGCCCUCCUCCACCUCAGAGCAGAAAGGGAAGCAGCAAAAAAACACUGAGAGAAAUGCCCUCCUCCUCAUUUGACAGUUUGUCUCCAGGUUCUGAGGAGUCUGGUGCUUUUUCUGCAAGAGAGAUGCUUUCUCCAACAGAAAUCUAUCCUGAUGGCUCAAAGGGAACCUCCUUUAGAAGGAGAAACCAAGACGGCACAGGUCACCAAAAUUCAGGACAAUUGGUCCCAUCUACACCAGAGAGGUCAGCGGGUUUCUUAAGCAAGAUUUUGAAAAAACGGCCGCACAAAGAGGCUCAGACUCCAGAGUACGGAGAUCUAACAUUAGCUCAGAUUCUUAAUGAGAAGCCAUCUGGAGGGGAAGUUCCAGCGCCUGGACACCUGUCUCGCUCUUCUUCUCAGCAUCACGGUGAUUGGGCUGGUAGACGCUUCAGUCGCAGUGCCACCAUAAAGAUCAGUCGUGCCACACGUGUCUCUGAGCAGUGGAAUGCCUCGCUGGAUCGAGAAAUCUCAAAUGCCAAUGAAUUGCAACACCUAGAUGAGUUUCUGGGCAACCAGGUCAAUGAUUUCCGUUCCAGGGGGAAGCCGCUGUCCGCCGCAGAGGCCAUUUUUGUUACAGCCACCAUGCAAUUUAGAGAGACUAUCAAAGCCAUGUAUUCUCUCCCAAAACCAACCAUUGGCUACAAAGGUCUGAUGAAAGGCUACCAGAAUAAAGUGAUCCACCUGGCAGGUGAGGACCAGAAAGGAGAGGUUCAGCUGGUGGUCAACCUGUUUCAGUCCGUGCUUGAUGGCUUCAUCAGAGGAGAGAUAAAGAAGGAGGAGGCGGAGCCUUCCAAGCCCGCUAAAGCUCGGAAGAAGAGGCGGAAAAAAGAUAAAAGUAUGGAGAGCCCCCUGGAUCACGUUUUCAUCAACUAUCAGGUCAGCAUUAUGCAGUCAUGUGACCAGUGUAGCUCUUACAUCUGGGGCAUGGAGAAAGCCUACAUGUGCAGCUAUUGCAAAAUGGUUUGCCAUAGGAAGUGCCUGUACAAAAUAAGCACCGACUGCUCCACCUUCUGUGCCAAAAAGAGUGAUGACGAGGCUGGUGGUCAGCACUUUGGGGUGCGCGUGUGCCAACUGGUUAGUGAUAAGAACCCAGUGCCCAUGGUGCUAGAGAUGAUGCUGGAACAUGUGGAGAUGAACGGCCUCUACACCGAGGGAAUCUACAGGAAGUCUGGCUCUGCCAAUCGCAAAGAGCUGCAUCAGCGGCUGGAGGCCGAUCCCCAUUUGGUGUGCCUUGAGGAUUACCCGAUCCACACGGUGACAGGCCUGGUCAAACAGUGGUUGAGGGAGCUGCCAGAUCCACUCAUGACCUUCAUGCAUUACAAUGACUUCCUGCAUGCAGUGGAACUUCCAGAGAAGCAGGAGCAGCUUCAUGCCAUCUACAAGGUGCUCGAAGAGCUUCCUUCUCCGAACUUCAACAUUGAGAGACUCAUCUUUCACCUUGUCAGGGUUUGUAAAGAAGAACCACACAACCGCAUGUCUCCUAACUCAUUGGCCAUAGUAUUUGCCCCGUGUAUCUUGCGUUGCCCAGACAGCGCAGACCCACUCAUGAGCAUGAAGGAUGUGGCCAAGACCACCACGUGUGUGGAGAUGGUAAUCCAUGAGCAGAUCAGACGCUACAACGAGAAGAUGGAGGAGAUUGAGCAGCUUGAGUAUGCCGAGGCUCUGGCGGUUAACCAACUCAAACUCAAGAGACAGAAUACGCACUGCUGGCAUUUACCUCUCAGGUUCUCAGCUCCUUGCAAAGGAGUGGUGAUACACGAGAAGGCGAGCUCUGACCUCAGCGUGGUUCCUGAGAAUGAGCCUCUGGACUCUGACACAGAGGCUGAGAACAACCUGGUGGAACGCAUCAAGUCCAUCAAGCAGGAGAAGGAGGACUUGGCCUGCCGACUUCCAGAGAUGGAACAGCCUGGUUCAGAUCAGGAGAACCUGGACUCUGAAGCCUCGCUGAGCUCCGAGAGUCUAUUGGACGAGCAGCAGCGAUCUUCUGUCCCCAGCUCAGAACUUGAAGGACCAGGUUGCCCAGAACUGAGGAGGUGCAAGCCAGUUUGCCCACCCAAACCACUGGACCUGGCUCAGAGAUUUGGACUCAUCUCUCUGCCAAACCUCACUCCUGCGAUCUCCUCCUCAUCUUUAUCCAGCUGUGCAUCUUCAACUUCCCCCGCCUCCUUUCGGCAUGCAGUGCAACGCCGCAGCCCCGUCAUUCCAGACACGGUUAAACUCCCUCCAGGAAUCAUCCGCCAGGACACCGUCUCCAGUCUCCCUCAUACAUUCACGGCUCCUGGAACAUUUAAACACUUGAUCAGGAGAAGAGAGCCACCCGGCCGCCGCAGAGACAGCACCCAGUCCCUGUACAUCGACAACAAAGACUGUGACCUGCUGGUGCCUUUUUCCUCCUGUCCCCCUUCACUUCCACCUCCAGUUCCUCCAUUGCCGUGGUCAACACCCUCUCCUCAUUACCAGCAUGACAAGUCACAAACCUCAAAAGGCCAGAGACGAUUUUCAGACCCAGACAUUCCUUAUAUUGAUGAUGAGGUCUGACCGGGGUGGAAAAGAGACCUGAAGAGGAUGAUGGGCAACAGCCUCUUAAGCACAAGGAACAACACACAAACACGAACGACACACCAGGGCCACAGGUGACGAUGGAUUGUAAAGAGUCGGGAGAGGAUAAGGAUCAAGAAUCACAGUGAUAUUACCUGUAGCAAUGAGUGAAAGUGAGGACGCCGUGAUGGUGACGUGUGUCGCCGUCAGAGUGGAUCUGCUACAGUGUGACACAGUAGAAGCCGUUCCAGUUGCUGUUGCCACUGAGGAGUAAAACAUGAAACUGUAAAUGUGUCAAAGGUCUCGUCCUGCGUAACAGUAAAACAAACUCAUUGCUGACAUUAUCGUAUUUUGAGAAACCUCAUAAUGCUGGACGAUAAAUCUGGUUUCUUCCUCCCUCCCUGUCUUUUUUUAAUUUUUAAUCAGAUUUGUGCUAAUUCAAGAAACAUUGCAGGUUCCAGUUGCACUUUUUCCUUUUUGUAGUUCUCCUAAGGAGCGAGUGAACUCAACCAUCUCGCUGAAAUGUUAACUGUUAGCUAGUGCCUUUCCAUUGUACAGCAAGUCGAGCGUAUCAGCUCAUUAGUUACUGUUUGGUGUUGUCAUAGCAGGUCUUGCAGAGGGAGCGAGGGGUUUUUUUGGGGGGGGGGGGGGGGGGGCACACUGGGUACAUUUGAAUCUCACUUCUUACUUUAUUAUACUGUACCGACACGAGACAUGUUUGAACCAACGGGUUCUGAGUGUACACAUCGGGACUGUUGUGCAGGUGCCUUGUUACAGCAGCAGUCUCAUUCUUCCUUAACAUUUUGGUCUACACAAAACACAAUAAGUACAUUUAGAUGAAAUCUCAUAUACACAACAAAGGAAAAUGGGAGCAGCACACGCCACUUUUUCCGCCACUUUGAAACAAAGAAAACGCCAGCUCAGCCACGGCACAGCAGCCUUGAUGCUACACCAGCGUGGUCACUUCAUGGCCUCUACACACUUGCAUGUGGCUUCUCUCAGCUCUGCUGUACCUGCCAUACAAAGCAAACAGUCCCGUAAAAAGCAGGUUCUGCCAAAGCGUAGCUUUGGUCUUCUUUGUAUGAAAUGUAAUACUAAUGUUUCUCUGCUGUUGAAUGUUGUUUGUCUGGAUUACAAGAAAACUACAAGUGUGUCGUGUAGAAAGUGCAUGGUUGGGAGUGAAUGAUGUGAACUGUAAUGGUUAUUAGUAUUAACAUGACAAUAUAGUACGUGAUGCUUCA